UCUUUCAUCUUGUACUUAGGAUAUCGUAUAAUGGUCUACGUGUUCAAAAUUACACCUUGAGGUACCAGAUGAAAUAAUAUGCAUUGUACGAGUCACACCAAAGACGGGGACGAUAUCCACGUGCACGCGACUUACGUGCUGAACGGGAUCUAAGGUGCUCGAAUUAUCUUGUAUUACAUCCAUCACCUGAACUUGAGGCACAUUUCGCUGCGUGCCCUCUGUGCACUUGGUAUUCUCCUCCGGUCAGGCUAGGCUUUCCUAUCUGUAGAAUCUGCUCAAAAACUUGCCACCAUGGACCAAGAUCUAGGUCAACUAGUGCAAGCCAUUCUCAUCGCAUCCGAUCCUUCUUCUGGUGUACUGCACCAACAAGCUCUCGAAUAUCUAUCGAACAUCCAACAAAAUGCUGCCAACACAUGGCGACUCGCACUGACGUUGUUUGUAGAGCGGGGCCCCGACGGCGCACGAAAAUAUCCACCUGCUGCUCGGUUUUUCGCAUUACGGGUCCUAGAUGAGUUCCUCGAUAAUAGAUUUGAGCCGCUAGAUCCAGAGUCUUUCCAAACAUUACAGCAAGCCCUGAUUUCUUACAUCCAGUCGGAGUAUCUGUAUGGUCCUGCUGAAGCUAAUGCUACCUUCUUGCGCAAUAAAUUCUCUCAUACGCUUACACUAUUCUUUCUCUGCACCUACCUGGAGCAAUGGCCAACCUUUUUUGCCGACUUUUUCACCUUAAUCCGUCCGCCAGAAUCGACCUCUCAAGCUACAUUCAACCCCCACAUAUCUCUCCUUUUCUUCCAUAUCGUCCUCGAAAUUUCUGGAGAAGUGGCUGAUCAGAUGAUCAAGGCUGCUCGAACAUACUCUUCAGCUCGCCAGGGGCGCGAUACUCGUGUGCGCGACGCAGUGCGAGAACGAGAUGCCGCGGCAAUCAACGAGGCAGUCUUGACAAUUGUGGCGGAGGAUGUGAAGAGGAUGUCGAAGUUGCGAAAGGGUGAUGUGACUCCUACUUCGAAAGGAGAGCUGGAUCAGGCGAUAGAAGUGGUGGAUUGGGGUAUCAGAACGUUUGCUUCAUACGUCGGUUGGAUCGAUAUUAACUUGACAGUGACGCAAACGACGGUCCCCCUCCUUUUCACACUACUAUCCGAUCCAUCCUUGCCUAUUCGUCUUGCGACGUCCGUUGCUCUCACUCGGAUUGUUUCCAAAGGUCUGAAGGAGGCGACGGACAAGCUCCAGCUCAUCAAGGUUCUUUCGCUCGGACAAGUCCUUGACGCACUGGAAACGAAGACGAGGGCAGAACAAGCUGUCAGAGGCUCUGAGGUAGAUGAAGGUGAAGAGUCUUACCGAGAGGCUCUCGGGCGGCUUCUAAAUGUUUUGGGCCUUGAACUUAGUAAAUUAGUCGAUGAAGCUCCUCUUGAGGAUGUUCGGAACGAAGCCCUUCAGAUGCUCAAUCAGAUUCUUCCUGUGAUGCUUCGAUUCAUGGCCGACGAAUACGACGACACCUGUUCGACAGUGUUUCCUCUGCUGCAGAAUCUAUUGGGUCGUUACAAGCGUAUGAGGAAGACGUCCUCGGAACCGCUAGAUGAGCAGAAACGCUCCUUCCUCACUUCAUUACUUCGAGUGAUCCUGGAGAAGCUGAAAUGGGAAGAAGAUGCUGAUCCUGAAGACAUGGAUGAAGAAGAAAAAGCUGAAUUUGAUGAACUGCGCAAGGAUCUGCGGACCUUCAUGGACGCAGCUCUGGUCAUAGAUCAAAAUCUGGUCACGAAUGCGUUAAGCAAUCUGGCUCUCAACACGUUGAAUGCCUAUCGGAAUGGUGUCACGGUCAAAUGGCAUGACGCUGAACUUGCCGUUUACAUUGUGUUUAUCUUUGGAGAAAUCAAUAAAAGUAGGUACACAGGUGUAUAUUCAACAUUUGGCUUGUAUGUUCAUCUCGGAGACACUUUAGCUGGCGGAAAAGGACGGACAGCAUUCUGUCAGACACCGAUCGUUGUCGCUCGGGAAAAGCGCAAGGAGACGGACUACUCAGAAUAUCCCCUCACAAAACAUGGCGAGAUGCUCUACGCCUUAGUAGAGUCAGGUAUUUCAGGCUAUCCUCAUAAAACUGUGACCAUGCAAUUUUUCGAGACUGUGGCUAGGUACGGCGACUUUUUCAAAGUGCGGAAGGAAUGUAUCGUGCCUACCCUACAAGCCAUGGUGGAUAAUCGAGGUCUGCAUAAUCAAGACAGCAAAUUGCGAUCACGGGUCUACUACCUGUUUCACCGCUUCAUCAAGGAGGAUCGUAAUGAGAUUUCUGUCGAUCUUGCCGGUUCGCUUCUCGAGAGUAUCCGUGAUCUACUUUCAAUCCAAGUCGAACUACCUGAAGUCGAAGACCAGGAACACGAUAUCCUUUCUGAGGCCGUGAACAACCCAGGAUCGUUCGAUGCUCAGCUAUAUCUCUUUGAAACUGUUGGAACGCUGGUCUCCUUGUUCUAUCGCACACCAGAACAAUGUGGCGCUCUCCUUCAAUCUGUGGUCAAGCCACUACUGGAUGAAUUAUCGGUCAAUCUUCAAGCGGUCAAAGGCCCAUCUGAUGUGCUUCCCAUCCUCAAGGUCCAUCACAUCAUCAUGGCACUUGGAAACAUUGCAAAGGGAUUCCCGGAUUUUCCGUCCCCGUUGCCCGAAGGAUAUGUGCUUCCGCCGUUGGACGUCUUCAAUCAAGCGGCUCAGGCUAUCCUUGUUUGUCUGGAAGCUAUGAAUAUCUUCAGGGUCGUGCGAGAUGCUACGCGGUUCGCUUUCGCUCGUAUCUUUGCUACAACCGGCCCGAACAUUACACACCUCAUCCCUCCCCUAAUGGCGAAUCUCCUUGCUCACUUUGAACCCUCAGAAUUAAUCGACUUUAUGAAUUUCAUCGGUCUGCUCAUCCAUAAGCUCCAGAAUGACAUGUUUGAUGUGCUGGAUCAGCUCAUAGGACCAUUAAGCUCACACAUAGAUGCUCUGUUGUCGCAACCAGUGACUGGUACCGACGACCAACUGACUCAUGUUGAUACCAAGAGAGCUUAUCUCAACUUACUCAACAACAUCAUGGUUGCCAAACUUUAUGAUGUCUUCACAUCACCGCGUAACAAGGGGCAAUUGGAGGCUCUCUUCACCAACGUGCAGCGCUUCGCUGAAGAUUUGACUGAUACAAGCAGCCAACGAUCUGCCUUCCAAUUCCUCAAUCGUUCUGUGACUGCUUGGGUUAUUCCGGUGGACGCAGGUAGCAGUGCUCAAGCGCCAACACAAGGCAUCCCCGGCUUUGAACGUUUCGUUUACGAGCGUCUCGUCCCCAUCGCAUUCUCUGUGUUAUCUUCUCCACAAUUCAAUUUGAAGGAUGGUCAGAUGCUUGUUGUAUUGCACGAGAUCGGCAACUUCCUUCAGACCGUCUCAAAGACAAGAGACCAAGAGGCAUUUGAGUUUUUCACGACCGCGUUCCUCCCUGCUCAAGGUUGGCCCCAGGACGCUGCCCUCGAGUUUGCCUCCAAGCUGAGAGAACUUGAUGGCAAGACGUUCAAGAAGUACCUCGCAGACUUCGUCCGCGCAUCUCGCCCAUCUUCAUAGUGCAAGUAUAAGUACCUCUGUAUUCGAACUCUUGCCUGCAUCUCCCUGCAUUUUCACACCUACGUCGCAAUUGCUAUGACAUUUCUGCAUUUCAGCCUCACUACUCGUUCAUUUAUCAUCCAAUCGCAUUUCUCUUAUGCUUGGAUCUAUUAACAUCUUAUUGUAGCCAAAUAUAUGAUUAGAAACUAAGAAGUAAUUACCAGCCUGAGAGACUAUGACAGGAAAACAUUUGCGAAAUGAAAAGCGGAGGGCGCUUAUUUG